ACUUCACAUCAGGCAUCACAUGCUGAUAGUAUUCUCCUUCGAAACUAGCGACGCUGUUUAAUAUUGGACUGAUAUGUCGAAAAGCAAAGAUUUUUUUAACAUGGUCACAGUUGGUGACAGUAAGGCUGGAAAAACGUCGUUACUGUGCGCUUUAAAAGAUGGAAAACUGACCGACCAAGAAAUCCCGGAAUUUUUUCAAACCUUUACUCACAACAUUAAAGUUGACGGCCGAAAACUGGAGCUUGGGCUUUGGGACACCUCUGGCGAAGCCAAAUACGAAGGUCUCCGACGGCUGGCGUAUCCGACGUGUGACGUAUUUCUCGUGUGUUACUCGGUGGACAGUCGAAAAAGCUUUGAGAACGUAACACAGGUUUGGUUACCCGAGGUCAAGAAAUAUGGACCACCAAAAGCGUCUAUCAUCAUUGUGGGCACAAAACUGGAUGUGCGACCACGCACCAGCUUAAGCAGAAACGGUUCUCUCGGAUUGAAUUCGGAUCGACCAGUUCCAAAGGAAAGAUUUGUGAAAUUUGACGAAGGCUUGAAGUUAGCCAACGAAGAAGGAGCUUAUGCAUUCUUGGAAUGUUCAGCCCUUUCCGAGAAUGGAGUUAGGGAUGUUUUUGAGCAAGCAAUCCGGGCAGUUUUGAAAAGUGAAAAAGAAGAGAAGUCGAAGAGCAAACAAAGUCGUAGUGGUAGCACUGGACUGAUUCGUAGUUUACUGCCAGGAAAGUAGAUGAUGAAGAUACAGUUUGACAAAUUAACUUAUAAUUAUAUUUAUGGUAAGACAGGCCAGCCCGGUUUAGCCGAGCUAGCUCGGCAGUGCCGGGAUCUCGCCUCGCAUAUUCUUUUAUAUACUAUAUUUGUAAAAUUGCAUUCAUAUGGAACCAGGCCAGCCCGGCUGUGACGGGAUCCAGCCUGAACGAAGUAAGAUCUCGCCUUUAACGGGCCCAAAUGAAAACGUCAAGCGAGUCAGCCAGGCUGAACAGGGCUGUAAGUGAUGAGACCCGGCUCAUAUGAAUGCGAAUACAAGUUGGCCCGGCAAAAGCGAGCCUGGCCCUCUCAUAAGAACAGGCCCUAAGCCAGGAAUAUAUUAUGAACGGAUUGUCAUUAUUGAUAUUUUAACGAGUAAAUACCUAUGGAAGAUUUCAUUAAUUUUAUUAAUGGCUGGCAACUGUUACUUUAGCGCCUGUCAAACGAGAAUGCAUGCAGUUAAUGCAUGUUGAUAGAAAGUUGCAACUCGCACAUACAUUUGACCGCCAGCUCGAAUCCGCUUUGAUGAUUGAUCUGUCGCAAAUUAUAUUUUAAUUAAUACAAGUUUACGAGAGUUUUUUCGUUUAACUCGUCAAUCUUCAUGAGAGUUGUAUGAGAGUUGGGAUGAAAAUCGUUUUUCUUCUGGUCAAUUUCCAGUCCACUUUCACCCACUCGCAUGCUAUACCCCUGUUCUCGUUUGAUCGAGCAUGGAGAGUCCCCAAAAACUCUCAUGCAUGCAUACAGGUGAAAGUAGUCUAUGUAGACUUUUCUUUGCCACCAUGUCUCAACUCGCAGUCUUAUGUAAUCGCGCCUUCAUCUGUUAUGAGGCCACGUUAUGAGGAUAACUACAAUGAUAAUAGGCUACUUGGGGCCACUUGUUCAAAGCUAUAGGUUAUCGCUAAUUCUUGCAUGGGUUCAAUUUUAAUCCAUGCACUGUUUUAGUUUAUGUGCUUCUGAACCACUGUUCGUUUUAAAACUUUAGAAAAUAUCACUUCUAUUGAACCAGAAAAUACUAAUGGAAAAGAUAUUCAGCUUUUUUAAACAAGCGAUGAAAAAGAUGUAAUUAAAGAUUUGCGUUAACCCUGGGUUAAGUUAAACGUCUUUUGAACAACUGCCGGGCUCUGGUAAAUAACUUCUCUAAUAUAGUAAAUAUUUAAGGAGGUGUGUGCUGGAGAUGUUAACUAUGAAGUUUAUUUAGCAAUUCAUUGCAACAAUGCUAGCACUUCCUGACUUUUACGAAUUUUUCAGUUUUUAAGCGA